ACAUCGACCUUGAGCGUGUCGGGUAUUUAAGCACCACCGGCGCCUGCUCUUUCUCUGACUUCCAGGCAGAAGACAUGAAGGCCUUAAUUUUCCUUGCUUUGCUUGGAGCAGCAUUUGCUGCUGCUGAGAAUGACGAUAAGGUCGUGGGAGGCUCCGAGUGCUCCCGUCACUCUGUGCCCUAUCAGGUGUCUCUGAAUGCCGGUUACCACUUCUGCGGAGGAUCCCUCAUCUCCAGCCAGUGGGUGGUCUCUGCCGCCCACUGCUACAAGUCCCGCAUCCAGGUGCGUCUGGGUGAGCACAAUAUCGCCGCCAACGAAGGCACCGAGCAGUGGAUCGACUCUGCCAAGCUGAUCAAGCAUCCUCAGUACAACAGCUACAACCUGGACAACGACAUCAUGCUCAUCAAGCUGAGCCGACCCGCCGCCCUCAACAACUACGUUCAGACCAUCCCGCUACCCUCACGCUGCCCCGUGGCUGAUGAGAACUGCCUGGUGUCCGGAUGGGGCAAUAUGGCUGCAAACGGCAACAACUUCCCCGACAGGCUGCAGUGUCUGAGACAGCCCAUCAUUGAUGACAGGAUCUGCAAGAACGCCUACCCCCACCUAUUCACCCAGAACAUGCUCUGCUCUGGUUUCAUGCAAGGAGGCGCCAGCAGCUGCCAGGGAGACUCAGGCGGUCCUCUGGUGUGUAGCGGUCAGCUUCAAGGUGUGGUCUCCUGGGGUUACGAUUGUGCCAUGAAGGGACACCCUAGCGUCUAUGCUCGUGUGUGCCGCUACAACAGCUGGAUCAGCAGCGUCAUGAGGAGCAACUAAAGCAUUAGACGCUAUGGACUGUACUGCAACACUAAACACAUAACAUGUUUAUUCAAUAAAAGCUAUAUUCAAA